CCUCAAGCCCAGGAGCUGUAUUGUUGCUUUAUUGAUAGACACCCUGCAUUACUGGCCAGUGGGCCACUUUAACAUGCUGAAAUCGGACGUCACCUAGGAUACAGGCAAAUAGCAUGGGCUUGCUAUGGCAGUUUACCUGGUCUCUGUGCGGCUCCCAACCGGGGAAGGUGUCUAUCAUGGGGUAACUCUAGAGCCCUAUGUGCUGGUCAAGCGCGGAGAAGCGACUCUAAAUGCAGAGGACAUACCGGAAGAAGGCUCCCCGGAAGGACAGUUUCAGCUUCGCUCUCGAUGGUACCGGAGCACGGAGCCACGCGGUGGGGCGGUGUGCAGCGUGCACCCCGACAAGGAGGCCAAUUUGCAGUGCGUAAUCUGCACAAGGUGCAGGGUGCCCACGCACCUGAGCUACCACUGCUCAGUGGAAUGCCUUAAGAGCCACUGGCACUUGCACCGGGAGUACCAUAAGCAGCCGCAGGCAAAUGGAGGCGGGAUCGAGAACGGCGCUGACGGGAUGGUGAAAGGCGCGCACGGCACAAGCACCAGCGGGCAGGAGAGCUGGAUCGAGGUUGGCCGGAGCAAAUCUUACACGCCGACCUCUGACGAUGUGGGAUACGUGCUCAAAUUUGAGGUCACGGUUAUCGACAAGCUGCACCCUUAUGCGUCCGACCUCGGCCGGGCGCAGACGCAGUCCGUGUGCACAGCGCGGGUGCGGCCAGCGCCCAACCCGCCGGUUCGGUCCAUGGUUCAGAUGGUGCCGCCCUCGCAGCAGUCCACCUCUGGCCGGUUCACCAUCCUGACGUACAACCUCCUCGCAGACCUGUACGCCAAGGCCGACUUCUCCAGCACCUGCCCCGCCUGGUGCCUGCACUGGCACUACCGCAAACGCAACCUGCUUCGCGAGCUGCUGGCGCACAAGGCCGACAUCCUGUGCCUGCAGGAGGUGCAGAGCGACCACUACCUGGACUGGUGGGCGCCGGAGCUGCAGCGCGCGGGCUACGUGGCCAUCUACAAGAAGAAGACCACGGAGAUCUACACCGACAACAAGUACGCCAUUGACGGCUGCGCCACGUUCUUCCGGCGGGACAGGUUUUCUCUGGUUAAGAAGUACGAGGUGGAGUUCAACAAGGCGGCGCUGUCGCUGGCGGAGGGCAUGACCAACAUCACGCAGAAGAAGGCGGCGCUCAACAGGCUGCUCAAGGACAACGUGGCGCUGAUAGCGGUGCUGGAGGCCAUCGAGCCCGGCACCCCGGAUGCGGGCACCCGCCGCACGCUCAUCUGCGUCGCCAACACGCACAUCCACGCCAACCCCGAGCUGAACGACGUCAAGAUCUGGCAGGUGCACACGCUGCUGAAGGGGCUGGAAAAGAUCGCGGCCAGCGCGGACAUCCCCAUGCUGGUGGCGGGCGACUUCAACAGCAUUCCCGGCAGCCCCGCGCAUUGCCUGCUGGUGAAGGGCAAGAUAGACGCGAGCAUGAUGGACUCCGCCAACGACCCGCUGCACCUGCUGAAGGACCAGAAGAUGUCGCACUCGCUGCCCCUCUCCAGCGCGGUGGCCUACCUGCACGACGCGCCGCUCUCCGCCGACGGGCGGCUGUACAAGCAGCGGCAGCGGCUGGACGCGCGGCACCACGAGCCGCUGUUCACCAACAUGACCAAGGACUUCAAGGGCACGCUGGACUACAUCUUCUACACCACCACCAGCCUGCAGCCCACCGCCAUCCUGGAGCUGCCCACCGAGAGCGACGUGCAGUCGCGGCCCGAGGAGCAGCUGCCCAACGCGCAGUACAGCAGCGACCACCUGGCAGUCAUGGCGGAGUUCCAGUACAAGAGCAGGGAGUAGGGGGCGGAGGACAGGGUGGGUGGUGAGAGGCGAGAGGCGCGCAGAAGGGCAGCAGCAUCAGGCGCAGAGGCGCGCUACGUAGCCGCCGGCGGGCAAGCGCCGGCAGCAGCGGUGUAGGCGGGGAAGGCGUAACAGCGAAUGCGCCGGGUAUUGGAAGCGGGCGGUGGGACUGCCUCGGUGGCCCGGGUGCGCUCGGCGCUGUUGCCGGGAGCGGAGGCAGCAGCAGGCGGUGUUGCUGGCGAGCGGCUGCUGACCUUCGACUCAGGCAGGUGGCUGCUUGUCGGCUGACUUCGCUGGUUCCGACAUCCGUUGGGGGCGGCUGAGUGGUGCGCGUUUUGCAGCACCCUGCUCGUUGGGGGUUGUGUGGCGUGUGUAGUUGGGUGGGGAAGGUAGCGAGGAGAAGAGGGGCACAGCAAGCGAGGGGGCUAGCAGCAGCAGCGGCGGGCAGCAGCAGGAGCCUUGGGAGAGGACAGGGGAGCUGGUGGGGGGGGGGCAGCCAAGGCGGUCGCCUGGUAGGGGAGCGAUGCUGGGGGAGGAACGCAGGCACACUACCGGCACACUGUUGAUGAGGGUUGGAGAAGCGCGGAGAGGGGGGUUCGAGGUGCUUGUUGGGUGUGUGCUUGCCGUGUUGAUGAGGGGGCUUGCGUUGGGGGCUUGGGGCGGCUGGGUGGCUGGGUGGCUGGUUGAGAGUGGGGGAGAAAGGAGUGAAGAGGAGGGCGUUGUGGCGCGCUCCCAACAAGGUGGAUCGGUCCUGGGCCUUUGUGUUGCUGCCGCGUUUGCAUGGCUGGGCGGUCGUGCUUGCUUGCAUGUACAGCUUCGUACCGGUAUGAGCGUUUAGGGAGAGGGGGUGGCAUGACGGGGGGGUCGGCGCCUCUGAUUGUGUGGUCGCCUGAGGGCGCAGUGCUUCCCGUGUGUGGUUCCAGCAACCAAGAAUGGAAGCGGACGCACGGAAGUACAGGACGGUUAUUUUCAAGGUGGUGAGGAGGGCGUUGGAAGGUCCUUGGCUGGAAAGUGGUUGCUAGGCUGGCGCGAGAGAGGCCUCGGACACAGGGGUUUCCAUCAAAUCAGCGCGCGCGCUUGCCUUGCGUGCUGAAGCCGGCUUUUACGAUGUUGCUUGACUAUGCGGAACACAAACCGGCGCUCAUCUGACGUGAGCUUGCAGCUACCUGACUGAUUUUGGGACGGCUCGCCGGCGUUCGGGGAAUGUCCCAGCUUGUAGAUGUCUGGUACGAGGGUCUGGGGGCGGGGCCCUCUGUGCUCGUACUUUUCGGGGUCUUCUUGGCCUUUCGGCAGCUCGACGCAACAAGCGGGCCGGACGCUGAGAACAGGAUAAAGCGGAUACUCUGGUUAGGUGUUGCCUAAGGGUCGCAUCUAUAAAAAUCAGGCCGUAUCCAGGCCAGUUGUAAUCCAAUUAUUAUUAAUGUUCUGUUCGGUAUUACGGUACGCAGUUCCCAAAAUGCGUCAAGUGUAGUACGGCAUGGCGGAACGGGUUUCGGGCCUCAAGACUAUUCCAGUGCCGAAAGAAAGGGUAAGGGCUUUACCCGCGUUUUACAGAUAAGAAGGUCUGCUCAAGCCAGUCGCAUUUAACCUAAGAUCCGCGUGCAGUUCGCAGCCUAGCUUAUCCUUGCACGCCUUUCUAACGAUGAGCUGUCUAACAAACAAGCUGCCUGUAAAGCAACGGGCAGCUCCGUUCAAAGCUGACCGGGGAGGGCGUUGCUGCGUCAGCGUCCUUUGUCAAGCGUCCCAACCACGCGAUGGAUAUGAGCCCCGUCAUGCUGACGACCAGGCAUCAGCAGCACAACCAAAGCUCAUCGAUCUUAGCCGACGCACGCUCGUGAUGGUGCCGCUCUGCUGCGCGGCUGCUGCCAUGGCUGGGCCAGCCAAGGCUGAGGGCGAGGCACCUGAACCCGGAAACACCUGCUUUGAGUGCGACGGCACGGGCAUUGUGCCAUGCGACAUGUGUGGCGGCAGCGGCAAGUGGCGGGCCCUCAGUCGCAAGCGCGCCAAGGAUGCAUACGAGUUCGUGGAGUGCCCGCAGUGCUACGGGCGGGGGGCCCGCAUCUGCGGCCGGUGCUUCGGCACGGGCAUGCGCAACGUGCGCGGGCUGCUGCGCAAGCCCGAGGCCUCACUGCUGGUGCAGAAGAUGCAGAAUGGGGAGCUCAAGCCGGGUGAGGUGCAGGAGCUGCUUGCGAAGGCGCGGGAGAACAUGCGCAAUGAGGGCGGUGCGGGAGGCGGACCCUCGGCCUGAGAGCCUUUGAGGGCUGCAGGGAAGAGGACGGCAGGUGUGCUGGGGGCCUGAGGAGCACAGUAAACCUGCGCAUACCAGCACCUGCUCUCUGUAUAACGCCAAGUUAGGAGCACCCGACUUGGACUGGGGCGGAGGCCGAAUCAUGGGGCGGAUGGAAGCAUGCAAUGGGAAUGUAUGCCUAGCAAGGGUGGGAGAAGGAAGGGAGGUCGGGGGCCUUGUGAGAACUCGAACACGCAAGAGACGGGCAGUGCAGGGCACUGGCGGAGCUUUAUGACGAGACUUGGGAGGGGUGUGGCAGCUGGCGGGGUCCCGGAUGUCCGAACCCCACCCCCUGCACAUGCACAAAUCCCUCGCCGGUGCGGUUAGAGGUUUUUGUACGGAUAUACCUGGAUAUACGGAGUAUGUACGGCGACCAAAAGGCCUGCAUUGCGUGAGACACACGCAGGUACCGAUAUGCUGACGUGGCUUGUUUGUUGCACUCGUAUACGUGGUGGUGGUUGGUUGGUUGGCUGACUCAGCCCCUGGCGCAAUGGGCGGUGUCUGGGUGCGAGGGUCAGUAACUGCAGUAGCAUGGGGAGUGUGUGAGCGUGUGACGGAGUGCCUGCUUGUUGCCGCUGCCUGCGUGGCUACAGUGCAUCACAAUCACACUGUACAGUUUUGGCGAGGGGAGUGUAUGCCAGGAAGCCAGGUGACGGGAAGCUGAGAGCUAAUGAUGAUGACACAAGGCGUCACUUGUCUGCAAUUGUUGUAAAAGGGCAAUAAAGGGAGC